AUGAAAUGUGUGGUGAUUGAAGAUUUAAAUCAUGAUAUGAUAGCGGGAAUUGAUGAAUUGAGGAAAAAAGAUAUCACCAUAAAUUUUUCGGAAAAUAAACUUGAAAUCAGAGCAGAACCAGACAACAGAGAAGAAGAAAAGCAAACAGAUAGGAAAACAAAUUCUGGAAGGAUCAAUGCACAGAAAAAACGCAAAGAAAUCGAUAUGGCUGUGGAGGAUAAACCGAAAGUACAAGAACAAAAUCUAACAGAAGAGAAAAAGAGAAGGAAGAAAAAGAAGAAGAGUUUUUACUGA